CGUAUUCGGCUUGGACUUGGCACAACUCGCUUUGCACCCAAGGCCGCGGAUGGCGUCGUCCGCAGCCCGCGAUGCGUCGUCGCUCAAAGGCAACCUCAUGAUUCUCUCGUACGGUCUCAUGGAGUGGGCCGGCCAGAAGGUCGAUGCGACUGUCGUCACGCCCUGCGCGCAGAUGAUCUCGGGCUCGAUCGUCAACCCAUACGUGCUCAGCGGCAAGAUCUGGGACACGCUCAAGGAGAACACGCCGCAGCGCGCCCGCGACGUCUCGCGGCUCUUGAGCCUCGCGAUCUCCAAUUCGGCGCUCAUCCUUGGCAGCGACAACUCGACCGAGUGGAGUGCGUCAACUAAGGCACUGCGCGACCAUACGCUCGCGAUGGCGGCGACGCCGGAAGGCCAAGCCGUUGUCCAAGACUGCGUCGCAACGGUCGCCAAGACGUGUCAAGCGCUGAAUACGCCAGAGACCAAGGCGGCGACCAAGCAGCUCGCGUCGGCCGUGCAGAGCUGGAUCCAAAUGCUGGCGACGCCCGAGGGUCUUCAGGUCAUUGACGGCUUUGGCGACUGGUGCAACCACUUGACGGACGUGGCCGCGUCACCUGAGAGCACGAUUUUUCUUCUCGAGGUCGCCACCAACCUCUGCCACGUCUUGUCGUCCGACUCGACCCGCGAACGGCCCCGCGACCAAGUGACCAAGGAACUCGAAGAGCUCAUGCUGUCCAAGUUCAACAUGAGCGGGACGCCCGCGGCUACGGACGAGACGCCGCACGACGACAGUACCGAGGAUGACGACCAAGCGGACGAUGACGCGGCGCUGAGCGACAAUGAGACGGACAUGGCUGACACGGACAGCGUCACGUCACGCUUUAGCGUUGCGUUUAGCGGGGACGGUGACGAGGACGAGAGCGCGCCGCCGGCCGAGACGCCGAUGCCCACGUACACGAGCGACGCGACGCAUGCGACGAUCCGUCAGCGCCACGUGCGUCGACUCACCAACCAAGCCAUCCGCAACUGUUUGUACGAUACGUAG